GCGCGUCGCUUGUCUGAGUGGGAAGCCUAGUAAAGAGCCGUAGUGGCCGCGGCGGGAGGGGAGAGGCAUCCGGGAGGCCUUCGCACGACGCUCCCUGACUCUCGCAUUGCUGUGGGGGAAGAAACAGAGCGGCGUCCCCUUCUUCUUCAGCCAAGGCCCACAAAGAAAGAGCCUCGGGCGCCAUUCACUUACUCGGACGCUUCGUCAUGUUCAAGAAACUCAAGCAGAAGAUCAGCGAGGAGCAGACGGCGCCGGCGCCGCGGAGUCCCUCGAGCCCGCCUCAGGGACCCUCAACAUCUUCAUCUUCAGUAGUCAGGAGCAGAACAUCUUCUCUUGUAGAGCAAAAUGACGAAGGCGGUUUAACACCCAGCAAAGAGCUACUAGCUGGGAUGAUAUCAGAGCCUGCUUUUCUUUCUGAGUAUACUAUCUUUGCUUUGGAUCCCACCAAACGACCUAAGCCACAGAAUAAGAGUGUGGAUGUAUCUAAGCAAGUAAUGACCAGCACGAAUAAUGGAAGUGAACUGUCUUCCCCACAGCCUGGUGAUGUCCAGUCUUUUGCACAGAAGCUACAGUUUAGGGUUCCUUCAAUGGAAUCAUUGUUUCGAAGUCCCUUAAAAGAAUCUCUGUUCCGCUCCUCUUCAAAAGAAUCUUUAGUGCGGACUUCUUCGAGAGAUUCACUAAACAAACUGGACUUUGAUUCUCCUGGCCCAACAUUUGAUCCACCUUCUGAUGUUGAAAGUGAAGCAGAAGAACUGCCUGGAAACGCGGACAGCCUUCCCAAGGAACAGCUGUUGCAACGACUGCGAAGGAUGGAAAGAAGUUUAGGCAGCUAUAGAGGGAAGUACUCUGAGUUGAUCACUGCCUUUCAAGCUGUGCAAAGAGAAAAGAAAAAGUUACAGGGAAUAUUGAGCCAAAGUCAGGAUAAAGCACUUCGUAGAAUUGGUGAGCUGCGAGAGGAACUCCAGAUGGAUCAACAAGCCAAAAAACAUCUUCAGGAAGAGUUUGAUGCUUCAUUAGAAGAGAAGGACCAACUCAUCAGUGUCCUGCAGACUCAGGUAUCAUUACUGAAAGAACGGUUGCAGAAUAAGCAAAUAUGCGUUGAACUGCCUGAUGCAAAUGAUCAGACUCAGACACAGCUUCACAGUCCAACAAAGGACACAGAUGCAGAGAAUGACUUGGAAAGUCCUGGUGAUGAUGGUGAUACAGCUAAAACACUGGAAACUCUUACUCAGCGAGUUAAACGUCAAGAAAACUUGCUUUAUCGAUGUAAAGAAAAACUUCGAUUGCAUAAGGAACACUCAGCACAGCUGGCCAAUGAGAAAGAGGCACUGCAAGAGCAACUAGAUGAAAGACUUCAGGAGCUAGAGAAAAUAAAGGAUCUUCACAUGGCUGAAAAAACAAAACUGAUUACUCAGUUACGUGAUGCUAAGAACUUGAUUGAACAGUUAGAGCAAGAUAAAGGCAUGGUUAUAGCAGAAACAAAACGGCAGAUGCAUGAAACACUGGAAAUGAAGGAAGAAGAAAUAGCUCAGUUGCGUGCCAAUAUCAAGCAGGUUGUUCUAGAAAGUGAAGAGUUAAAAGAUGGGAAAGAAAAGUCUGAAAAAGCUGCAUUUAAAGAACUUGAGAGGGCUCUCAGUGCAGCCCAAAGGACUGAAGAAGCACACAAGAAAUUACAAGCAGAAAUGGAUGAAAAGAUAAAGGCUGUGGAAAAGGCCAGUGAGGAGGAGCGUGUGACUCUUCAACGAGAGUUAACAAAGGUGAAGCAAGAGGUAGUCAAUAUUAUGAAGAAAUCUUUAGAAGAACGAGUUGUUGAUUUGGAAAGACUGCAUAACAGCGAACUGGCUAAGAAGGAACAGAUGUUAAAUGAGAGAUUGCAAGCUCAGGAUCAGGUAUUCCAGGAACAAAUGCAAAGGGCUCUUGAAAAGUGCCAAAGGGAACAUCUACAGACUAUACAAGAAAAGGAACAACAAGGAUCUUUGGCCUUGGAAGAACUGGAACUGCAGAAAAAAGCUAUUGAGUUGGAAUGUGACAAAAAACUUGAGGAGAAACAACAAGAAGUAGAAACUUUCAAAACGAGAAUUCUUGAGCUGGAGAGCUCCCUUACAAAAUGUUCACCAAAUGACAAAAACCAAUUGGAGGAUUUGUCUACCCAAAUAGAAGUGGAGAGAAACAAGCACAACCAAGAAAUCACUGCCAUGGUUGAAAAACAUAGAGAAGAGCUUGAGAUGGUGAAACAGAAAGAGCAACAGCUUUGGACAGAAAAACUGAACAUACUUACACAGGAGCAGCAUGCAGAAAUUGAGAAACUGGAAAGAAUUUAUGCGGAAAAACUAUCUAAGGUGAUGAAAGACAAAGAGACCAUAUUUCAUGCCCAUAUAGAAGAGAUGAAUGAAAAAACAUUGGAAAAGCUUGAUGUGAAACAGACAGAACUAGAAGCACUCUCAUCUGAGUUGUCAGAUGCAUUAAAAAUUCGUGAGGAUCUUGAAAAAUGUCUGUCUGCAUUACAAGAAAAAGCAGAUAAAGAAAAACAAGAGUUUGAAGCAAAGCUGGAAGAACAAAAAUGUCUCUACAAGGAACAAACUGAAGUAGCUAAGAAAGCAUUCAAGGAAGAAAUUAAUCAUUUGAGACUACUCUUGGAAGCAAAAGAGAAAUGCCAAGAAGAGCUGGAAAAGCAAAUAAAAACACUACAGGAAUCUCUCAUAAAAGCUGAAAAUGAGUGUAAAGAAAUGUCUACAGAAGUAGAUCAUCUUUCUCAGUCCAGAAAUGACAGUGCCAGAGAACAGGCUAACAUUUAUGAACAGAAAUUGACAGAUAUGCAGCAGCAGCAUGCUAAUAUAAAAGCUGAAAAAUCAGAACUUGAAGAACAAAUUGUAAAAACUGAGACUCACCUGAGUGAAGUCAAAGCAGAGUUGGAGUCUCAGAUAUCUCAGGUACGUGAUUUGAAAUGUGAAAUGGAAGCGCAAAGGAUUGAAAAUAUGCAGAAAGUAUCCUCUCUAACAGAAGGCUUUGAAUCACAGUUAAGAGAUCUUAGAGAAGAAGUAAACCAUGCGAAGAGUCAUUGUACUACAAAGGAAAAUGAGCUUCAACAAAUGAAAGAAUGCUUGAAUCAACAAAUUGAUGAUCUCAGAAAGGAUUUAUUGGCACAAGAAGACAAAAGUAGUACUUUAAAAGAUGAAUAUGAAAACAAAUUAAAACAUCAACAGGCGCAAACACAAAAAAUUAAAGACAAAGCAAGGGAGAUGCAAGAAACAUUCAAGAAGAAGCUUUCAGAGCAGGAAGCAAAACUGAAAAAGGAAAUUGAAAACAAACAAUUGGAGCUUAGUAAGAAAGAUCAGGAGUUCAAUUCAAAAAUUCUAGAAAUGGCUCAUGCCAGUUCAAUUGGAAUCAGUGAAGCUGUCUCAAAACUUGAGAUAAAUCAGAAGGAGCAACUGGAAGGUCUCACUCAAACUCAUAGACAAGAACUAGAAGAAGUUGUACGAAUGUGGGAAAAUAAGGUGACUCAGCAGGCUGAAGAACUUCAAGAAAAGCAUGAAAUGGAAUUGCAAGAAAAAGAACAGGAAGUAGGAGAUCUGAAGCAGAAACUAGCCACCUUAAAUGCUGAAAGAGAAGGAAGCAAUGCGGAGAUUAUUCUUUUAAAGGAUCAGCAAUCAAAAAAGGAUACAUCCAUUAAUGAACUGAAAGAGCAGCUCCAGCAGGCUUUAGGUCAAGUAGAUGUUUUGACUCAAAAAGAAACUGAUUUGAAAAUUAAGCUUGCCAAACUUGAGAAUGACUUUAGUUUAUCUUUAGAGGAAAAGAUGGCAAUUCAGGAACAGCUUAAUGAAAUAAAGGCAGUUGAGGAAAAAGAGAAGAAUAAAAUUAGCGAAUUGGCUGAUAAACUGAAAGCAUCUGAAGAGCAACUGGAGGCUCUGAAAUCUUCCCAUAUUAAAGACUGUGAAGACUAUAAGAAAAGACUUGAAGAUAAAAAUUUGGAGCUUCAACAAAAAACAACUGAUUUGGAGAAGUUCACAAGAGACACAAUUACACAACUAGAGGACUACCAGAAGAAAGCAGAGACUUUAUUGCAGACAAAAACCAGUGAACUGAUAGAAAAAUGUAAUGAAAAAAUGUGUUCAGUAAGUGUUAGAAUUGAACAUUGCCAGGAACAGGCGAUAAAAGCUAAAGAAACAAUGUUAAUUAAAAUGUGUAAAAUUCCUGGCCUAGAAACUCAACUUAAAGAAAGUACAGAUAUUAAUUGUAAUUUGACUAAGAGUUUACAAGAGUCAAAACAACACUUGCAGGAAAAGGAAAAUCUGAUUAUGUCCAUGAAGGUGGACAUUGAAGGGCUUAUAGCAGACAAAGAGCAGUUGCAAAAGGAAGGAGGACACCAACAGGAAGCAGCAACAGAGAAGGAAACUUGUAUCACACAGCUGAAGAAAGAAUUAUCUGAGCAUAUUAAUGUCAUCACUUCCACAAAGGAGGAAUUGAAUGCAAAGAAGUCAGAGAUUGCAGAUCUGAACAAACUUACUAGUGAGUUGAAUCUCAGACUUGAAACCAGCCUCUCAGACAAAGAUGCUACCUUAGCAUUGCUAAACAAGCAACACAAAGAGAAUCAAGAACAGUUAUUGAAUGAGGUGCAGGAACUGUCUUCCAAAGUUGAAAUGCUGACUCUAGAAAAAGCAACUGCUCUUGAACAGGUAGACCACUGGAUGAAUAAAAUGUCAGAAUGGAAGAAAAAAGCACAGUCAAGGUUUACACAGAAUCAUAAUACCAUUAAGGAAUUACAAAACAAAGUUGAACUGAGCAAUAAUCAAGCUUGUGAAAAAGAUGAGGAAUUGAGCAGACUGAAGAAAGAAUGUGAUCAACAAAGUAAACAUUUAGAACAUUUGAAAGGCUUAAUAGAACAAAAACAGAUCAGAAAAGAAAAACAAGAAUCUGAUUUAGUUGCUGAAUUAAAAAUCCAUAUAGCAAGAAUUGCUGAACUAGAGGAACACAUUGCUCGGAAAACAGCAGAAAAUGACUCUUUAAUGGAUGAGCUCAAAAAAUGCAAUGAGCAAAAGAAUGAAAAAAAUGAACUGGAACUAAGGCUUCAACAGGCUGAAGUUGCCGUUGUGGAAAAAGAUACUAGGAUUAAGGAAAUGGAAGACAAAAUAGUAAUUUUUGAAAAGAAAGUUCAAUCUAUAGAAGUAGAUAUUGAAAACAAAUCAAAAGAAUGUGAAGAAAUAAAAGUAGCUCUAACGAAAACUAAAGAGAAAGAAUUAAAAGCUUUAGAAGAGACACUUACUUCAGAAACCACAGCUAAAAUAGCAGACCUGAAAAAGAAGGCUGAACAAAAAAUUGCUUCUAUUAAAAAGCAGCUGACCUCUCAAAUGGAAGAAAGGGAACAGCAAUGUAGACUAGACAUGGAAAAGCAGCUGGAGCAAAAAUUGCAAGACAAGGAAAAUUGGAUCAUGUCUUUAGAAGAAAAAAUUAGAUCAAGAGAUUCAGAAUUCGAAAAGGAGAUUAUACAGAAGGCUGAAGCAGUAGAAGUUUCUACACAACAGGACAAAACCCAUUCAUUAGAGAACAUGCAACAAAUGUAUGAACUGAAAAUUGAUGCUUUACAGAAAGAUUUAUUGGAAAAAGAAAAACUACUAAAGGCGUUUGAUGAGGAACAAAAAACAAGUAAUAAUUUAAAGCUUCAGGUACAGAGUCAACAAGAAGAGCUCCAUAAAAGAAAACAAGGAGAUCAGAUCAUAAUUGAAAAACUUCAGCAAGAAAUUGAGGAGCAAAUGAAGAAACAAACUGCAUUGCUUGAGCAAUGCAAAAGGAAUGAUAGUGACUUAGCAAACAUCAGAGAAAUAUUUAAAAGCAAAGAACAAGAGCAGCAAAAUAUGGAAAAUGUGAUUAAAGAUUUGCAAGAAAAACUAAAAGAAAAAGAAAAAGAAGGUCAAUCUUUCCAGCAGACGAUAAACAGUUUUGAAGAGUGUUUAAUGAAAGAGAGAGAAAAGCACAGAAUUGAGAUGGGAGAAAUAAUUUCAAAAUAUGAUGAAAGAUUGCGAGGGGUCCAAGAACAGCUGGAUGAAAGAAGUAGCCAUAUAAAGGCUUUGGAAGAAAGCAGAGAAGAAAAGACUAGAUCAAUCCUUGAACUUCAGAAAUCGCUUGACGAUUUGCAAACCCAGCAAAAGGAAAUGCAAAAUAAACUGGAAGAAACUGAGCGGGAAAAGCAGAAACAGCAUAGAGAUCUGAGUAAACUGCAGAAGGAUUUGCGGGCUCUACGGAAGGAGCAUCAGCAGGAGUUGGAAAUAAUGAAGAAAGAAUCCUUGGAAGAAAUGGAACAAAAAAUAAAAUAUGAAAAAGAGGACAUUGAAUUGAAGCACAACUCCACAUUAAAGCAAUUAAUGCGGGAAUUCAAUACUCAGCUGGCACAAAAGGACCAGGAAUUAGAAACAGCUGUAAAAGAAACUAUCAGUAAAGCCCAAGAGGUUGAAUCUGAACUGAUAGAAAGCCACCAUGCAGAGAUAACUCAAUUAAAUAAAAAGAAUUUAGAAAAAGAUGAAGAUCUACAAAGGACAGUAAAAAAGUAUGAAGAAAUACUACAGUCUCGUGAAGAGGAAAUGACAGAAAAAGUAAAUGAACUGGAAAGGCAGCUGGAGGAACAUAAACAAAGACUGGCAGAUGAAGUAAUCGUAGAAGACCUUCAGGUUCAGCUAGCCCAGAAGACAACACUUCUUAAUGAUUCAAAGUUACAAGAACAAGAAUUUAGAGAACGGAUUCAUACACUCCAAGACAAGUUGAAAAAGUACGAGAAGAACAUGUAUGUCACCACAGUUGAAAGUCCUUAUAGAGAAGGGAACCUGUGCCAUUCAGAUGUUUCUCUCUUUGGGGAACCAACUGAAUUUGAAUACUUGAGGAAGGUGUUCUUCGAAUAUAUGAUGGGUCGUGAGACAAAGACAAUGGCAAAGGUUAUAACAACAGUGCUGAAAUUUCCUGCUGAACAAGCACAGAAGAUUUUAGAACGAGAAGCUGCCCGGACAGUGCACACUCAACCUCGUGUUGGCAUCUUCUGAAUAAACCAUCAAUUACUGCUUUAUUUAGCAUGUGGUCUUGGCUACGACCAUCCUCUUGAAGAACUUGUGACACGUGCACUUUAUAGCAGACGGCACUUUUGAUGGUAUCUCCUUAUUAGCUCUUUGGGAAAUGACUACAGAAGAAUGAUUAUUCAAGGCCCCGAGGAAGAAGCUAUACAGAGAGCAAAGAUGAGUUGGAAACCUAGGCCAGGAAUAUCAUAAUCAGUUGCCUUGAGGAAAGAUUGUUUAUUAGGUGAUAAAUGCUUAAGUUAGCUCCUUUUUUUGUAUUUUGUUCUUGAUGUUUUUAAGAGAAAAGGAAUUCAAUGCUUUGCCUCACUGCAAUAUCUCAAUGCAGAUUUCACAUGAUAUCACUAUAAGAAAUUAAUAGUUUGUCUUAUUUAUUUUAUUGCAGGUUUUGUCUGAUUUUUUUCCUGAAAUAUUUGUGCAAUACACUUUGGGUGGGUAGCAGACCUUAAUGAUCUUCCUGACAAGCUACUAUUGACCCCUCCCCCCAAAUUUGAAUGAUUACUUGUUUACAGAAUACAAUUUAUUUAAAUGUUGACUUAUAAUCGGUUCAAAAUGCAGUACCUCAUUUGUUUAUUCCUAGCUUUUGUACUUAUAUUUUGUGGGGAUUAAAUUUACACUGCUGUAAAUUGUAAAUAGUUACUACCAAAUUGUAUCAUACGCUGAUCUCUGACUGUUGGCAGUGCUAAUCUUGCAGAGCUGGGAGAAAUAAAACUUCUAUUUACUUUAAAA